AUGGAAAAUUCACCAAACACCACCCCAUUUGCAUCAGGUAAGGAAAACUCGUCAGACUCUUACGAUGUCGACUCUGAGAAUGGAAUAAUCGCGUAUAGAUAUUUUUUUGAAAGGCAGAUCAUAUCGGCCAUGUUUAUCGUUGCCACCGUAGUUGGGAGUCUUGGAAACUCUUUUGUCCUUGCGGCUGUUGCCAUGUCCAGGAAACUCCGGACAACUACCAACGUCUUUGUGGUCAACCUAGCAUUUGGUGACAUGUUGACCUGCCUUUUUCUACCAUGGCAGGCGGUAGCGAUCCUCGGCAGUGACGGCUGGCCGAUACCUGCCGCCAGAUGGGUGUGCGCCAUGGCGGGAUUCGUCAUCGUUGUCACCUACGGCUGCAGCAUCAACAACCUCGCGCUGAUCGCCGUCAACCGCUGGGUGGGUAUCACCAAGUCUUGCUUCACCACCCGUCGCAUCUAUACCACCCGUAAGCUCGCCCUAAUGGUUAUCUUCUCCUGGGCUUUACCACUGUGUUGCGGCUUGACUCCAGUUCUGACAGACUUCGGUAAACUUGGCUACGAAAAGCUUUACUCGACUUGUACCUGGGAUAGAUCCAACCCAUACUCAUUCUAUUACAACAUAUUAGUCACGGCAAUCUACUAUCCGGUUCAGUUGAUUAUCAUUGUGGUCUGCUACACUUCAAUAUUCUGCUAUGUCCGGAAGACGUCGCAGAAGAUGGCCCGAAUAGAUGCCCCGUCCGUCUCAGAUAAAGUCAGCGGCGGAGUAUCAAGCCGUGUCAUGAGGAAGAAGCUGUGGAAGAGGCAACUUGACGUCACCAAGAACCUGCUCUACAUCGUCUUGGCAUUCGUCCUCUGUCUCACCCCUUACUUCAUGGCUAUCACAGUCACGGCAGACUGGACCUACCGCGUCACUCCCUGGGCGGGGGCCUUUCUAUUCUGCAAUAGCUGCGUCAACCCCAUCAUCUAUGCAACCUCGCACCCAGAUUUCAAAGAGGCUUUUGGCUACAUGAUAAGGUGUCGUAAAAAUCCCAAGGGCAGAUCCAGCCAGCGUAACACUUGCAGCACAGCCGCCAGCUCACGGGUUAAUCACGGUUACGCAGCAGAAAACAGUCAAAGACUUUGA